AUGCUCCACGUGCGGCUGCAUGCGCGGAGAACCGGCGUUGCCGGCGCUCCGCGCGGCCCGGCGUUAAUAGACACUACUACUACUACUACUACUACUACUAAAAGCCAAUAG